AUGCAUCUAAUCCUUACUGGGGCGACGGGCCUCGUUGGCUCCGGCGUCCUCGAUGCCAUGCUCAAGUCGAAAGAAAUCACCAAAAUCUCCAUCUUGAGCCGAAGACCAGUUCCUCUAGCGGCGAACGACCCAAGAGCCAACGUUAUUAUCCACAAAGAUUUCGAAAACUAUGAGCCCGAGCUUCUUAAUAAGCUACAGGGCGCCAAUGGAGUCGUUUGGGCUUUGGGCAUCAGCCAGCUCAAGGUCACGAAGGACGAAUACAUCACCAUUACCAAAGACUUCCCUCUUGCUGCGGUCAGAGCCUUCUCCAACCUCUCGCCCGACGACGAACCCUUCCGAUUCAUCUACGUUUCGAGUGGCGGCGCAACCUUGAACCCAGGCCUCUCUACUCCUUUUUACGGGCGUGCCAAGGGAGAAGCCGAGAGAGCAUUAUCCGAACUACGUACCCCCCGAUUGCACAUUGAGUCUGUCCGACCUGUUGGUGUAGACGCCUCGAAUCACGAUGCCAUUAAGCCACAUAUUCCCGACCCCGGUGUGGUCUACCACGCGAUGAGCUUCGUUUUGGGACCGCUGAUGCGAACUGUGUUGCACCCGUUGCAUAGUCCAACAGAGAAACUGGGACCCUUUCUUGCCGAAUUGGCAAUGGGCAAGUAUGACAAACAGCUGGAUGCAGGGGGCAAAGGCAUCACGGAUCUCAAUGGUUCAAGGAUACUCGACAACUGGGCUUUUCGAAGGCUAUAUGGACUAUAA